AUGCUUUGUGAUCGCUGUGCUGCUGUCUUUCAAAAUCCCAAGAUUUCCAUCUCGCCGUUCCAUCUCCGCCAGCGGUUUGAUGAUGACGACCUACAAGUCCUGCAUCCCAACUUCGCGUCUCUCGAAGCUGCGAUCAAGGAAAGAUGCGGCUUCUGCCAUCGAAUUUCCCAUGCUUUGUCAUCCAAGGGAGAUAGUCAGAUUUUUACCGAUUUCCAAUUAAGCCCGGACGUCGACCCUGACUCAUUUUCUAUACGAUAUCGCCUUGUUUAUGAGUCUGAUAAUGGGAAGGUCGUUUCAUAUAUGGCUGUCUGCCUUGCACAGAGAGCAGACGAAGAGCUGAGAGAGCAUUGCUCGGAGUAUUUAGUCAUAUCUCCUGAGCAAGUUCCUCUGACAGGAGAAUCAGUCAUAGAGACAGAGAAUGGAUCCACUACAGCAUCGAUCAAUACCAUCACUUCCUGGAUCGAGAAUUGCAACAGGAACCAUUCCCUAUGCAGCAGAGAAGAAGGACCUCGGUUGAAUCAUCAGUUUGCUCGGAUCCUGGACGUAGGUGAUGUGCCCGACGCGCCCGAGGUGAAGCUUUGUCUCCCAAAGAAUCUCAAGUUCGAUACAAAAUAUGUGACCCUCAGUCAUUGCUGGGGAGGUAUCACUUCGGAACCUCCAUCCCUGACCACCGCGACAUACGACGAGUACUUGCAGCGCAUUACCGUCGCGGAUUUACCUCAAGCCUUUCAAGAUGCAAUCCAACUGACUCGAAAACUGGGAAUUCGAUACUUUUGGACUGAGUCUCUAUGCAUCAUUCAGGACUGUCCAAAGGACUGGCUGGACCAGGCAGGAGUGAUGGGUGAAGUUUAUCAGGGUUCGUAUCUCAAUAUUGCGGCAGAUAUCUCGCUCGAUCCCAAUGGAGGACUGUUUACGAUAAGAAAUUCUGUCUUGGCGACACCUCUGCGAAUCUCCGUCCGGGGUAAUAUAUCGCAAGAUGAUCUUCCACCACUCAGAUUAGAAGGUGCAUCACUGUUUGUAGCUGAAGCAACACCUCAAGUUCUCGAGACAGAGAUUGAUCUCAAUACCCGUCUUGGUAAUAGAGACGGAAACUUCGAUCUCAAAGACAAGGACUUUGCUUUUACCGCGCGGAGCGUUGAAUUGGUAGAAACUACUCUCUAUGCCGAAUUAAGAACCAUAUCCGGGGAGUGGAGAUGCAGAUGCGUGGACGUGAGGGAGCUUUUAGAGGGACCGUCUGAUCGUUCAAGUUUCAGACUUGUCGGGGGCUCAACUCUCUUCAUUUCGGAACCUCAGGAAAUCGACCUUAACGAGUGUCUCGCAAACAGAGAUGGCGCUGUCAACGCCGAUGGCACAGACUUCGCUUUUACUGCAAGGAAUAUCUCCCUCGACGGGAGUACCUUACGAGCUGAACUCCGGAAGAUCAACGGGGAAUGGAGACAGGAUAGUAUCGACUUGGCCAGCUGUGUUAGCUGGUCAUCGGGGCGACUACGUCCCAAAAAGUUUGUGGAGACCUUCUACGAUGUUGUCACGGAUGGCUACGCCAAGCGGUCAAAACAGACCUUAGAAUCGAAAUCCAACGCCAAGGAAUGGGUUUUCCAAGAGUCUCUGCUAGCUCCACGACUAGUGCAUUUCAUGGACCGACAGCUGAUUUGGGAAUGCACCACCUCGAAGACUCUUGACGAAAGAUCGAAUGAAAAGAGCGAUGAUCGACAGGGCGUGAUAAAGUGGUCAGAACCGGAGGACCCGUACUCCGUGAACUUACUCCAUGAACCAAAGACGAGGGAGUUGGGACUUGAUUACAUCUGGUCUUCCCUCAGAGCAAUGCACGGCCGUAGUAAAUUCACUUUCCGGAGGAAGACUCUUUCUCAAAACUCAGAUCUCUUAAGACAAGCGAAGCAAAUGUGCUACGGAGAAAGCGAGUUUGAGACAACGCACUCUCUCAUCAAAUACUGGUCCGACAUCGCAGUCAAUCACAGUGCUGCAUAUCCAAGACAGAUCGACCGUUUGAUAGCCGUUGCUGGUCUGGCAAAAAUACUGUCUACCAGAACGAGUUUCCGCUAUGUUGCUGGACUCUGGGAAGUCCAACUCCCACGGCAGUUGCUCUGGACCCCAUCGCAUUUGAAGGAGAUGCCAACUGAAAAGUCCACCGCCCCAUCGUGGUCAUGGGCAUCAUACCCUGGUGGUAUAACAGAUAGAGGAAUAAAACCAGGCCCCAUACUUGAAACAAACGGCGUCAUGGAUCUAGUCAAAUGCCUCUCUAUUGACAUCGAAGGCUUAUCUGAAAAGGAUGACAUGCCCUUCGGCCAGGUGAAAGACGGGCGACUUCUCGUCCGAGGCCGCUUACUUCCUAUAUCGCUCGAUCUGAGCGUCUGGCCAGAGGGUGCUACACGGGAGGAUACACUUGUUCAGUCCUGGACUGGGUCCACGUCAGAAGCCCCUUGCGGAGAAACCUUCCUAGUUCCAAUUCUUUUCACAUGCUGUGACGAUGGGUUUUCAGACUCAAUUCCUAAUUCCCUGCUCCUGGAAUCGACAGAAGAGAAAGGCGUGUUUCAUCGUAUCGGUACAGCGCGGCUUAGGGAUUGCUGCGACUUGAAGAAUAUAACACCGCAACUGUACACAGCUGAAUAUAUCGACCAUGAAUUCGAGGACGAUGACGAGAGUGAAGCUAGCGCUGAAGACGAUGGCUUCGUGAUAAUUCCCACCCCUGACGCAGUCAAACCCAAUCCCCAGCAGGACGCUAGCAACAAUGCUACAAGCCAUCACGCCUCGAAUGAUACACAAUAUACAUUCCUAGACGAAGCGAGCGAAAUUGCCACCGAACGCGAGACAGAUCCAGACAGUGAGCGGACAAUGACACCCGAGGAGAUAAUAAGCAGUACCGAGAGGGAGAUUUCGCGGUGGAACACGCUUUUCCCAAAACUGCCUAAGACGGAAGAAGAGUUUGAAAUUGAUAUUAACACUGAUGAACUGGAGCGCGAAAUGAUGGGCUUCUACAACAAUGAUUCAGCUCGUUCCAGUCGGACGAGAACUCAGGCGGGACAUAAGAGGAAGGUGCAGAAGCUGACACCGAAGGAUGCGAUUGCAGGUCAUUAUUAUAUUGGUUAUAUUGAAGAUGAUAAGGAUACAAACCGGUACGGGCAUUUUGUGUUUGAAAUUCGUUGA